GCCGCCACCCGUACCCAGCCUUUUGCUAAACUUUCCCCGCGCCGGCCCGACUCAGAGUGGCGCGUUUCGGAGCCGAGUGCUCGGAAGACGGGGGAUCCAGGUUGGCUACGGACGUCUGUCCCCCAGCGGGACCCGCAGAGACUCCCUUCCUUGGGAUCGGAGCCCUCGCCGUCCCUCCCCAGCCUCAUCCCCGGAGAGUGAAGGCAGCCAGCUCCUUCCCGAAAGCAGUUUAGCUUUGGACGGGUUUCUUGAAGAGAAAAAGAAACCAACAGGUUGCCAGCCCCGGCGUCAACACCCAAGUCUGCGGAGAGGGCAGCCCGGGCCCCGGCCCCGGCCCCGGCUUCCUCGGCCUGUGUGUCGGCCCCUCGCGGGCGGCUGGAGACGAGGGGAGGGAGGGGGCGAUGGCUCGGCCUGACCCGUCUGCGCCGCCUUCGCUGCUGCUGCUGCUCCUGGCACAGCUGGCGGGUCGGGCGGCGGCCGCCUCCAAGGCCCCAGUGUGCCAGGAAAUCACGGUGCCCAUGUGCCGGGGCAUUGGCUACAACCUGACGCACAUGCCCAACCAGUUCAACCACGACACGCAGGACGAAGCAGGCCUGGAAGUGCACCAGUUCUGGCCGCUGGUGGAGAUCCACUGCUCGCCCGACCUGCGCUUCUUCCUGUGCUCCAUGUACACGCCCAUCUGCCUGCCGGACUACCACAAGCCGCUGCCGCCCUGCCGCUCGGUGUGCGAGCGCGCCAAGGCCGGCUGCUCGCCGCUCAUGCGCCAGUACGGCUUCGCCUGGCCCGAGCGCAUGAGCUGUGACCGCCUCCCCGUGCUGGGCCGCGACGCCGAGGUCCUGUGCAUGGAUUACAACCGCAGUGAGGCCACCACGGCGCCCCCCAGGACCUUCCCGGCCAAGCCCACCCUCCCAGGCGCCCCAGGGGCUCCGUCUGCCGGGGGCGAGUGCGCCAGCGGAGGCCCCUCGGUGUGCACGUGCCGCGAGCCCUUCGUGCCCAUCCUGAAGGAGUCGCACCCGCUCUACAACAAGGUGAGGACGGGCCAGGUGCCCAACUGCGCCGUGCCCUGCUACCAGCCGUCCUUCAGCCCGGAUGAGCGCACGUUCGCCACCUUCUGGAUUGGCCUGUGGUCGGUUCUGUGCUUCAUCUCCACCGCCACCACGGUGGCCACCUUCCUCAUCGACAUGGAACGCUUCCGCUACCCCGAGCGCCCCAUCAUCUUCCUGUCGGCCUGCUACCUGUGCGUGUCCCUGGGAUUCCUCGUGCGCCUGGUCGUGGGCCACGCCAGCGUCGCCUGCAGCCGGGAGCACAGCCACAUCCACUACGAGACCACAGGCCCUGCGCUGUGCACCGUCGUCUUCCUGCUGGUUUACUUCUUCGGCAUGGCCAGCUCCAUCUGGUGGGUCAUCCUGUCGCUCACCUGGUUCUUGGCAGCUGGCAUGAAGUGGGGCAACGAGGCCAUCGCUGGCUACGCACAGUACUUCCACCUGGCCGCCUGGCUCAUCCCCAGCGUCAAGUCCAUCACGGCGCUGGCUCUGAGCUCGGUCGAUGGGGACCCGGUGGCCGGCAUCUGCUACGUGGGCAACCAGAACCUGAACUCGCUGCGAGGCUUCGUGCUGGGCCCCCUGGUGCUCUACCUACUGGUGGGCACGCUCUUCCUCCUGGCGGGCUUCGUGUCGCUCUUCCGCAUCCGUAGCGUCAUCAAGCAGGGUGGCACCAAGACGGACAAGCUGGAGAAGCUCAUGAUCCGCAUCGGCAUCUUCACCCUGCUCUACACGGUGCCCGCCAGCAUCGUGGUGGCCUGUUACCUGUACGAACAGCACUACCGCGAGAGCUGGGAGGCGGCCCUCACCUGUGCGUGCCCGGGCUCCGACGCGGGCCAGCCGCGCGCCAAGCCCGAGUACUGGGUGCUUAUGCUCAAGUACUUCAUGUGCCUGGUGGUGGGCAUCACGUCGGGUGUCUGGAUCUGGUCCGGCAAGACCGUGGAGUCUUGGCGGCGCUUCACCAGCCGCUGCUGCUGCCGCCCGCGGCGGGGCCACAAGAGCGGUGGCGCGAUGGCCUCCGGGGACUACGCCGAGGCCAGCGCGGCGCUCACGGGCAGGACCGGGCCGCCUGGCCCCGCCGCCGCCGCCUACCACAAGCAGGUGUCCCUGUCGCACGUCUAGGAGGAGGCGGAGGAGGCCCUGCCCCCGCCCUCGCCACCCUUGCGGGGAGUGGAGAGAGGGGGGGGUGUUUUGUUGGGUAGCUUUGCGAAGGUCACUUCCGUUUACCUUCUCGGUGCUGACGCCCCCCUCCUGGGGCGACUUGGAGAGGAAGGGGAAGGGGGUUACGCCUGCCAGGGUGGACCUGUCCCGGUUCUUCUCAAAGGGGCUCAGCUCAGUCGGGUGUAUUCUGGUUGGAGUUCCUUGCUGCCUUCUUUAGAGGAACCCUGGUUUUAAUUUAUAUGUAUUUUACUUUUUUUUUUUUUUAGAAAAAAAAAACUCUGUUGCAUUUUUGGCAACAAAAUUUACCUUUGCUUUUGGGGGCUUUACAAUCCUCAAGUUGGCAUUGUAAUAAGGUUACACUCGGUUCAGGUUUCUUUGAACUGCGUGGUCUGAAUUGGGAAGAUAUAUUUCCUAGACAUGUGUCUUUUAAAGAGAAAUGUGAACAGAGUUUGGGCUGCUGUGAGUGAGAAGGUGUGGAGUGUGUUAUUCAGUUUUUUUCCUACCCCUGCUUAAAACUACCCAGUUUGCUUUGGUGCAGCUGCCUGUUCCAGGUGUCACCCCCGGUUUUGCCCCCCCCCCACCCCUUGUGAAGGCCUCCCAAACUUGGUGAUUUUCUGUGCAUUCUUAACUUGGUUGGGUGAGCCUGGAUUCUAGUCCACAGUAUUUUGAUCAUUUGCAUUCCUAAUGGAGCUUGAAUAGAGGCAGCAUCUAGGGUGUGGGGCAUAAACAUUUCUCAUGGUGAGAAAUGAAGUGAUGACACCUGGUUGAUCUGAAUUGUAGACUACUGAGAUGGUGAGCUUUGUGCCAGAGGGAGGUGGGAGACUCUUAAUAAGUUCCAGUGAUCCCUUAAUAUUAUUAAUUUAUUAUUUUUUUAAAGAACUUGUGCUACAGUUUUGGUGACCAUAAACCCAGUUACUUCUUUUGGAAGGAUUUAGAGUACCUCACCGAAGGGGGCUCCCUUUUCAAGGACUCAAAAGUGGAAGCUCCCAGCAAUUAAAGAAAAUUUCCACCCCUUCUCUUAUCUGCCCCCACACCCUACCUCCUUUAUCAUGUUAAACAGUCUUUUUUGCUUUUCUUAUUCCUCCUCUCCUGGGGAGCUGUGAUUAGAAGCCACACCCACCCUCCAAUGAAGUGCUAGAACUGGGGGAGGGCGCCUGGCUACCUGUGACCAAACACUGGCCCCAAGGAGGGAAAACAAGUGUCCCUGACUGGGCUACUUUUUGGCCUGGUGGACACAGCACUACGGUUCUCUUGGCAAGACAAACAAUAACAUGCUUCUGGAAACUCGCAAAUAUGGAUCAGUGUAACACUAUCCCAAGAGAAAAGCCCCCUUCGAGUGUCCCUCCUCCCUCCCCUCACCCCCAGGAACACACACUGGGGACACACACACACUUUCACACAUAGGUCUGUUUGCUUUCCUAAUCUGUUUAAGCAUUCAUUCAUGAAGAGUGUGAGGCCAUUACUGGGAAAGGGGGUGGCCGCCCAUAGCCAGCAAACAUCAGUGACCUGGACUGAGGACAAGAUAGAGGAAGUGACAAUAGCCAUCACAAGUAACAUUUAUUUGAGAAAGUUUCCUUAGGAAAAGAACUGGAAUCUAAGCAUUUCUGUUUCAUUUGUAUCGAAGUUGCAAAAGUAAAAUUUAAGACUAGGUCAGUUUUAUGUCGUGGGUAUUGAGUAGACAAAAAUAUCAUUUCCACAAGGGCUUUAAAUACUUAGCUGGUGGAGAAACACCUAGAACUAUAGUUUUAAAAUUGUUGGAUGGCUGUCCACAUUUAUAAAUAAGGGCAGCACACUGCUCUUACAAUACUUAACUGAACUCAAAAUGUCAGUGGCUUUGACAAAAACCUAGCACAUAUAGCUAAGAACUUUAUUAUUCCUUUAUUCAUUCGCACACCUUGCAGUAGCAUCCCUUCUGAGCACGUUUCUCUACUGCUUUUCCAAGUGAAGGAAGACCCAUUCUGAUCACCUUGAUGCCUUCCUUCAUUUACUAUGUCUUCCCAGAACCUGUGGUGUCAAUCAUUUUGCCUCAUUUGGGUUCUCCUAACUGCUCUUCCUGGAGGAAUCCAGACAGGCUGUGCAGAAACGCUGAAACAUGCAGAAUGAAGGGAUAAAAAAAUGCUUUCAUUUUUUCCAUAUUAUUUUCCCUUUCACUUUAGCAACAUGCCACAUUGGAGUAGGAAUGAUUUGUGUACUUUAAGUACAGCAGUUAUAACAAACACGCUAAGUUAAGGGGAGGCAAUGUAGGAAAUGGUUAGCACCUCUAUUUUGUUUCUGUUCUCGCUCCUUCCCCCCUCAUUCCCUACAAGGUUGAAGAUUAAGGCCACUUGCUUCCCUAACUUAGGCUGGUCCCCCCUCCCCAAGGGGGGGACUCUGCAUCUCUUCAUAGCCACCUCCUAUUUUUACUUUUCGUUUGCUUUACGUUUUUGGUAUGAAAACACUCCACACUCAAGAAAAAAAAAAAGGCUCGUGGAGUAGUUGAGCAACCUCUUCAUAACCCCCCCCCUUUUUUUUUCAAAGUUGGGGUAAGGGGUGUAGUACCCAAUUUAUCUCAGAUAUACAAUUUUUGGGCUAUCCUCUCCCAUUAGUGACUUUAAUCAGCAUCUCGCUUCCUAGGUUAGGGAAUAAGGCUUUAGAUAGAAGCUAAAGGAACCAAUGUGACCUCAGUGGAUCAGCCACAUUGUAGGAAGUUCUUAAAAUUCAUAUUCUUUUCUCUUUUCACAUUUUGAAGUUGUCUAAAUUGGCUGGAGACCAUUUUUCUUGGUGCCUUAUUGGUUUAUUCUCACAAACCUUUGUCAUAUUUUCCAAGACUUUUGCCAGUGACCAGGCCCCUGUGUAUAUGUGUUGUGUGUCAUUGUGCGCAUGUACAAGCUUAAAUAAUGUGCCACCAGCACUGUUGGAAAGUUGGUAUUCAUUAGGCUGUUCCCUCCUGGGCCAGGGCGACACUAAUCUUGACAUUGGCUGCCAGGAGAAAACCCAUGGAUCACACACAGAACCUUAAUAACAGCAUCUGUGACCUCCGCUCUCCAGUACAGAAUGGGAACCCUAGAGCUAGGAAGAGCAGUUGUAUAUUUUAAUGAACUGCUACCCCUGCUGAAAAAAAGCUGCUUUCACUUUUGUGCUCUACAGAAAGACCCAGGGGGGGUAGGCGGACAAAGCUUUGAAUAAGUGCUUUCUAACACCAAAUGUGGCAAACAGGACUGAGCACAUCACACAUCUAGGCAGGUGUGAGGUACAGUGACUAAGAAUUGCCCUGCUUCCGCUUCCCCUGCACACAUGUCCUUUCUUGUCUCCAAAGUCCAAUCAAGGAAUCCCAGGGAAGAAAUAUGCCUGAGUUGGGGAGGAUGGUUUUGAAAGGAAAAAGAAGAAUAAGGGUAUGCAGGAUGUAAGUAACCUGACUCAAAACUCGGAAGUUUCUAGCAGCUCGAUGACAUUUUCAGCAUUUAUUUUAGCCAGGAUGAUGUCUGUCUGUGGUACAUUCUUUGAGGACACUAUCACACCGUGUUGUUACAAAUUGUGUAUAUAGUCUGUAUGUUUUGUGGGUGUGUAUAUACUUAAUAUAUAUAUUAUAUAUAUGAGAGAUUUAGUGACUUUUGAUACGGGUUUGGUGCAGGUGAGUUCAUACUGAGCCAAAUGAGGCACAUACCGAGUCAGUAGAUGGAGCCCAGGGCAUUUAGUACAUUUUCUGAUUUCCAUACAUGCAUAGUGCCUAUUCUGUUCACAUAGUCACUGUCAUGCCAAAUCUAAAACUCACAGCUCAGAGCCAGCAAUAUUUUCUUUGUAGACAAUCAACUUGAAUCUGUAGAUGAUUAUUGGCAAGUGAUUAUUAUAAUUCUGAAUUCAUAACACUAACAAAAGGAAACCCAGAGCAUCUUGACGCGAUCUUGCUUUGUUCCUAGAAGUGAGUAGAACAGCAACUGUAUGUGGUCAUGUUAGUCUCAAGACACUUAACUUGCUGACCUUAUUUCAGAAAAAAAAAAAUGUUUGUACGUAUUCUAUUUGUGGGAAAGUAACAUACUGGUUUGAGAUUUUUAUCAGA